AUGGACGGCACCGAUAAUAUCUUCGGCAAAAUUGUUGCGCACCGGCUCCAAAAGAAGCUCCGGCCUGUCCGUAUCAGGAACACGAGAGGGACGGUCGUUGGUAAAGACAAAUGGGCAGCCGACCAGAUUCGAUUCUUCUUCCAGCUGCUCGCGCACCUCAGGUGUUUGAAGGACGGAAAAUGCCAGGCAGCCGGGCUUCAUAAUGCCCGCCUUGUUCCGGGCAAUCUCUGGGAUUGUGCGGCCAAGCUUGGGGGUAUGGUCGAGCCCGAUAGUAUUAAAACCGCAGACAACCGUGUCGUCCCAGCAGUUGGUCGAAUCCCACCGGCCGCCGAUAUUAAUUUCGUAAAUGCCGACUUUAAUCCCGGUAUGGUUAAAAAUGUCCACCGAAAGGAGUGUGAGCAGUUAAAAAUAUCUGGGCAUCUUUUCCUCAUCCCCGUUCGCGUUUUGGAAUAG